CACAAAGCACGGAGUUCUCUUCCCGUUAUCGUGUACGCGCAGCCAGCGAGCAGUCCGUCAGCUGUCAGCUGUAGCCGCUGUCGUGCGCCGUGUCGAGGCAAGACGAGCCAAGCCGCCCGGUGAUUGCGCCGCCACCGCAGCUCCGUUUCAAUCCUGCACAUCUUGCUCAAACCCGGUAAACUACACUAGCUUAAGUGGCCCACUGCCACCGCGCUACUUUUUUUUUCUUUUUUUGGAUCAGUACAGUCCAGAAAUUUAAAUAACGUGGAGUAAUUCUUAUACACCGCGUCUGAUCUCUUUCAGUUUCUCGGCUUUUCCAAAUGGAGCUUAUCGACGACUUUCCCGCUAGGCCCCUCGAUCCUGCAGCUUGCUUCAACCAGCAUGGCGAUCCGAGUGGCGACGGUGCCAGUGCCACAAGCUUUCGCGGCCCGGUAGCGGUUGUGUUGCCGGCUGGUGGUUGUGGAGAAAGAAUGGGGCUCUCAACUCCCAAACAGUUUUGUAAACUGCUGGACAGACCUCUUAUCAGCUACACCAUACACGCUUUCGAGAGAAUGAAGUGGAUUGAAGUUGUCAUUGUGGUGGUGGCAGAGCAGCAUGUUGAACUGAUCAAAUCUAUUAUUCAGAAAUAUAAUCACAGGAAAACUCAGUGGUGUGUUGGUGGACUCACACGACACAGAUCUAUAUUCAAUGGGCUAAGUGUGUUUGUGGAUGACAAGUUUCUGGAGUGCCAUCUCACCAAGCCAAAAGUUGUUAUUAUUCAUGAUGCCGUAAGACCUUUUGUGAACGAAGAUAUUCUACUGAAGAUUGCCACUGCAGCUAAUGACCAUGGGGCAGCUGGAGCCAUUAGACCACUUGUUUCUACAGUGAUUGCUACUAAUUCAGAACAUUUUUUGGACCAUUCACUGGAACGUUCAAAAUACAGAGCAAGUGAAAUGCCUCAGGCAUUUCUUUUCGACACAAUAUACAAAGCUUAUCAAAAGUGUACAGAAUAUGAUUUUGAGUAUGGAACAGAGUGCCUUCACCUUGUCUUGAGCAACUGUAAUACACAAGCUAAACUUAUUGAAGGGCCACCAACUCUGUGGAAGAAACCCUUUCCCAAAAUGUCUAUGUUAUUACAGAUGUGGAUCAAGAAGCUUUGCAGUUAGGUCAUUGUCUUAAGAAAAUGUUAAUGACACAGCACAUGGAGGUAGAAGUUAUAUCAGGAGAAUAUGGAAAAAGGAAAUUAUGUAUUCAACAUGUGUCAUCCCAAGAAAGUUACAAUAUUAUUAUAACCAUUCUAGGGAAAUCCCG